AUGACCACCGUAUGGCACGAGUCGUUCGCGGCCUCCGCAGCGCAUCUCUCCCAAGAGACUGCAAGCGGCGACGGCGAUGUGAACGCGUUCUUCGUGCACGCGCACUUUAUUGUCGAACGUGCACGAGAAAAGCUCCUGUGGAGCUGGUCCCUCGGACGGGUCGGCGCCCUCAAUGGAACCUGGGGCGAAGCAGAGGCUCGGCGCGCUUGGGGUAAAAUUGGUGGCGCCUGGGGGGGAGCGAAUUGCUCGUCGAGACCAGCCACCUGGAUACGCUCACAAGGGAUGGGGUCGAGAGGUCCUGAAGGCGAGCGGAUAUCCGCUUCCGAGCUUGACUUCAUAUUCAUCUUCAUCUCUCGACGGUUGCGCAUACGCUGGUCUAGGUGCAGGAUAUUCUACGAGAAGUGCUUCGCGAUGAAGCAUCUGGAGUCUGAAGGCGAACACCCACCCGGAAGCGAGAUCUUUGCGGAUAUCGCGUUCCGCAAUGAGGCUUGUGGAGACUGUGGUAUGCGUCUUUCCUGCCCCUUAUUUGGAGGCACCUCAGUGGUUAUGGCGCUAACAAAAACAAGCGGCAGCCAUGGCUUGUCGGCUUUCCUUCCUGCUCCCGAUCACGUCCUUCCACCAGUGGGCACUGAGGAUGGCGACCGAGAAGUGCCCCAUCUCCCUCUACUCGCGUACUUCUCCCUAAAUGCCGUUACGGGCAUGAAGCUAGAGCUGAAUGUAAGACAGUGGGUGAUGCAGCUCCUACAGCGCUACCACUAUGUGAUAGGUCGUGCACCGUCACUCUUCGAACGCGUCUCGAGCGCCCAAGGCGCGGCGCAAGUCGUCGCAUAUAUCGAACGAAUGCCCAACGCAGCUCUGCUUUACAUCAAUGACAAUGCCGCGAAGCAGAGCCUGACUACCCAGCUGACACCGGUGCUGGAAACAUGGUUUGAUAGACGCUGGAAGACGCUUUCCGCUCGGGAAUAG